AUGGAUUUACAACAUACUAAAUCUUAUGCAGCGUUAAACUAGUAGAAUUGCUAACUAUUUAAACCUAAGGCACUUUCAGUAAGAUAAUAGAUGGCUUAGAUACCUAUGCAAACUCCAAGAGUAUAGAUAAAGGGUCUUACUACUCCAAAAAAAAUUGAAGAUGCUUCAAACCCAUAAUCAGAUUAGCAGCUUUAUUCAUUUAAAUCCUAUAGAAUCUCCACUGAAAUAAUAAAUGGAUCUCCUCUAGACCAAAUAUAAUUGAUAUUGAGAGAAAACGAGAAACUAAAACGAACAUUAAACUAAAAAUAACACAUUAUAGAAACAUUAACUACAACUCGAAAAGUUAAACCAAGAUUCGACUUUAAUGACUUUAAAACUAACUCCAGAUCUCUAGUUUAACCACAAAGUUAACAGGAAUCUAUAAAACCAAAGAAUAUUGAAGUUAAAUAGUCCAUCUCUUAAAAUUAUAAUAAACGCAUUAAAUUGCCAAAAAUCGAGGAUUCCAUACCAAACAAUGAAGAUGAAUGUAAUUUCACAUUUGCCAAUAAUUUUUUCAAUAAUAAUACUUGCAAAAAUUAAAAGAUCAACUUCAAAUAAGUAUUUACAUAGUCUCAUUUGAAGAAAAAAUUUUUCACUUGA